UACCUUGAUAGAUAUUAAAUCGAGUGCCGGAAGAUUUGAGUUGCAAGAUUAUUGUUGAUUAAGCUCAAAUCUAAUUUGCCAUUUUGUUUGGGGUUAAUUUCGAUUCGGCUGCUUGAUUUGAUAUGAUCCGAUCUUGCAAACCCUAGCAUGAGGUAAUCGAGUAUCUUCGUGUUCAUUCUCCGUCUCUUCUUCUGAUUCAUCGUUUAUUUAAUCUGUUUUUCGGUUAAGUUUCGGCCAUUGAAUCUCUUCCUUAGCUUCAGAAGCGGGGGGAAGAGGUUUUCUUUGGUUGGGAAGAAUUGUGGAACCGUGUGUAAUUGGAUCUUGACGGAAGAGUAGUCUAGAUUUUUGUUGAUUCAGUUCCAGGAAGAUUCGGGCUGAGCUGUGGAAGGGUGUAAAUCAGGGGGUUUUCUGUGUUUCUCUGUUCUCUCUAGCUUUGGGGAAUUAUACUUAUGGAUCUUCUCCAGUCGUACACAGAUCAAAACGACGAUGACGGAAGCCCUAAACAGCUUACAUCUUCGCCGGAAGCCUCUCCGCCGCGGCUCCUCCCCUCCAAAACCUCGGCGCCCAAGGUUGAUGAUACAAUGUUGGCUCUUACGGUGGCCAACGCCUACAGGACAUUAUCUAAGCCGAUAGACCCAACUCAACAUCUAGUUGCCUUCAACCCUACCUACGACCAGCUCUGGGCGCCCAUUCUUGGGCCAUCUCAUCCCUAUGCGAAGGAUGGCAUUGCACAGGGCAUGAGAAACCAUAAGCUAGGCUUUGUUGAGGAUGCGUCCAUUGAGCCGUUUGUAUUUGAUGAGCAGUACAACACUUUCCACAAAUAUGGAUAUGCUGCUGACCCUUCAGCUUCUGCUGGAAACAAUUUCAUUGGGGAUAUGGAGGCUUUGCAGAAGAAUGAUGCCAUAUCCGUGUAUAACAUUCCACAGCAUGAGCAAAAGAAGCGGAAGAUUGAGAAGAAGAAAGAAAUGAGUGAGAGUGAGGAUGUGGAAAUGGAGUUGAACCCGGCUGAAGUUGAUAACCCGGCGAGUGAUGUGUGGUUGAUGAAGAAUAGGAAGAGCCCUUGGUCUGGGAAGAAGGAAGGUCUGCAAACUGAGCUAACUGAGGAGCAGAAGAAAUACGCAGAAGAGUAUGCAAAGAAGAAAGGUGAAGAGAAAGGUGGUGAGAAGGGAGAAGUUACAGCAGAUAAGAGUACUUUUCAUGGUAAAGAGGAGAGGGACUAUCAGGGUAGAUCUUGGAUUGCACCACCGAAGGACGCCAAGGCCACGAAUGAUCAUUGUUAUAUACCAAAAAGAUUGGUGCAUACAUGGAGUGGGCACACAAAGGGUGUAUCUGCUAUUAGAUUCUUCCCUAAACAUGGUCAUUUGAUUCUUUCAGCAGGUAUGGAUACCAAGGUGAAGAUAUGGGAUGUGUUCAAUUCUGGGAAAUGUAUGAGAACCUACAUGGGUCACUCUCAGGCAGUUCGGGAUAUUUCGUUUUGUAACGAUGGGUCCAAGUUCUUGACUGCUGGGUAUGAUAAAAAGAUUAAGUAUUGGGAUACAGAAACAGGGCAAGUGAUAUCAACCUUCUCGACUGGGAAAAUUCCUUACGUAGUUAAGCUCAAUCCUGAUGAUGAUAAGCAGAAUAUUUUGCUGGCAGGGAUGAGUGAUAAGAAGAUCGUUCAGUGGGAUAUGAACACAGGACAGAUUACUCAAGAGUACGAUCAACAUUUAGGAGCAGUGAAUACCAUUACAUUUGUAGACAAUAAUAGGAGGUUUGUCACGUCAAGUGACGACAAGUCGCUCCGUGUUUGGGAAUAUGGGAUUCCUGUUGUUAUUAAGUAUAUUAGUGAGCCUCAUAUGCAUUCCAUGCCCUCCAUAUCGGUACACCCCAAUACGAAUUGGCUUGCAGCACAGAGUUUAGACAAUCAAAUUCUUAUCUAUAGCACUAGGGAGAGAUUUCAGCUAAACAAGAAGAAGAGGUUUGCUGGCCACAUUGUGGCAGGAUACGCUUGUCAGGUCAAUUUUUCACCAGACGGACGCUUUGUUAUGUCUGGCGACGGUGAGGGUAAAUGCUGGUUUUGGGACUGGAAAACCUGCAAGGUAUUCAGAACUCUCAAGUGUCACGAAGGAGUAUGCAUUGGCUGUGAGUGGCAUCCAUUAGAACAGAGUAAAGUAGCAACGUGUGGCUGGGAUGGACUGAUAAAGUAUUGGGACUAGAUUAGAGCUUUUGACAUAUUAGCGCUGUGAUUGACUGAGAAAGCUAUGCGCCUGAGACGUUUGGCCUCUGAAGUGUACACUUCACCUUGAAUUUUGUGUUGCAUCAUCUUAGUUUUAGUUAUCAUCCCAAGUUCAUUGUACUCUUAGUUUCUUACAUUUUUGUAUACUGAAUUAAUACAAAAUUUUACUUCUUUCACUCCUUUAUGUUGCCUGCUUUUGCGUAGAACUGAACAAUUCUCAUGUAUACUUGCAUACAGGCACAAUAAGGUCAUUAAGUUAUUGAUUGUGGAACAAAUGAGUGUUUAGUCCCUAA